GGCCAAUAAGCGUCCGAAGGACUCUCUCCAGCGCGGCAAGCGUUCUUGAUCGCGUCAGUCGACCCGUAACCGUCGAACAGCGUUCAUCGUGCGACUCUCGUCGAGUGAUCCUUUCGCGAGCUAACCGAAUCGCCGAGCCGCCGAGACACUCUUUUAACUUUCUUCCCCUCGGACGUUUUCUUGUUUUGUUUCUCUCUUCGCUGUCGGUGGAACGAGUACAGGUACUCGCGCGAUGGCUUCCCACAGAGCUGCUAAGUCGGGUUUCGCAGCAGAAGCCCAGAGGAAGAUAAACAGCAAAUACAGCGAGGAACUGGCGCAGGAAUGUCUGGAAUGGAUCAAGACGAUCACCGGUGAAAAUAUAAACACUAACGGGGACAUGGACAACUUCUACGAAACCCUGAAGGACGGAAUCCUUCUUUGCCAAUUGGUGAACGACAUCAAGGAGGGCUCGGUGAAGAAAAUUAAUAAAACCAGUCUCGCAUUCAAGUGUAUGGAAAACAUAAAUGCAUUCCUUGAAGCUGUAAGAGGAUUGGGUGUCCCGGCUCAAGAGACCUUCCAGACUGUUGAUCUCUGGGAGAGACAAAAUCUCAAUUCCGUUGUAAUUUGUUUACAGUCUCUUGGCAGAAAGGCUGGUAACUUUGGUAAACCAAGUAUCGGACCGAAAGAAGCAGACAAAAAUGUCCGUAACUUCACUGAGGAACAAUUAAGGGCUGGCCAAGGUGUCAUCAGUUUACAGUAUGGUAGUAACAAAGGUGCUAAUCAGAGCGGCAUCAAUUUUGGAAACACUAGACACAUGUAAAAACAUUCGUUGUAUCGUUCAAAAUAUCCCAUAAAUUCACUCUCGCCUCUCUAUUUUAUUUUCAUGAUGUGCUAGACUUAUAGGAAAUAUUUGUUGUACAACAAUCUUUCUUGUUGUGGUCCAAAUUACUCUACAGAACGCACAAAAAACGUGGUUGUGCGUGAACGAUGUACCAGAUGACUUUGUAUGCAUUUACAGUAGGAGGCAGUAUAAUACAAUACGUACCCAUGGAUACGUUAUAAGAUUUUACGUAAUGUUUUGGCGAAAUGAGCAAUUUUAAUGUUACCGAACUGUGCUCACAUUCUAAAAUUGAAAUAUAUAUAUCUCGAACAGUAAUGUGCGUACUGUUGAUGAGUUGUGAAAAAGAUAAAAAAUGUGAUUUAUUAUACAAGAAAGAAUGAAUUUCUUUGCAAACGUGAGAAUAAAGUUACAUUCUACCACUAUUAAAGAUUGGACACAGUGGCUCCGUAUUUGUUAAAUAUUCCAUAUAGAUUAUACAACAGAGACGUUGGGGUGUGGCCGGCUGCUCUGUUACUGUUACUGUAAAAUCACUUACGAGUUACAGUGUAACCAAAUUAUACUUUAAAAAUUCCUGUUGCAUGUGAGAUGAAAACUAUUAUAAUUAUUGUAUAAUGAUAAAUGAUAUAUAAUUAUAUUAAGUAUUUUGUACAAAUAUUUUUUGAUGAUUAUAAAAAUAAUUUUUCAUAAUGUAUUAAUGAUGAGUUAAUAAACCAACCCACAAAGAGGUA